AGUGCUGAAAGAGCAGCGAAGUAAAGGAGAAGGAAGAGGAGUGAGAGAGGAGGAGCAAAAGACAGGAGAAAGAGGGGAGAUUUGGGGAAACACGAGUCAGAGGCAGAGUGGGUGUGUGACGAGAGCAGCAGAUACUGUAGGGUAAGGGAGAGAUAGGAGGGGAAGAAACUGCAAAUUUGGUGUUUGGCUUCUCAGCGUGCACAUCAUCUCGGCUACACUGUUCAGUUCUUUGCUCUGCAGGAUGAGUUCGUUCAGCACGAGAGCGCUCACUCUGCUCUCGUCGGUGUUUGGAGCUUGUGGGUUGCUGCUGGUGGGCGUUGCUGUAUCAACGGACUACUGGCUACUGAUGGAGGAGGGAAUCGUUCUGCAGCAGAACCAAACCAUGGAGGUCAAGAUGGCGCUCCACUCCGGGCUCUGGAGAGUCUGUUUUGUUGCAGGACCCGAGAAGGGCAGAUGUGUUGCAUCCGAGUAUUUCACUGAACCAGAGAUAGAGAUCACAACAGAAAACACAGCCAACAUACUAAAAAUGGUCCGGACAGCCACACCGUUUCCCAUGGUCUCCCUGCUCUUCGUCUUCACCGCCUUUGUCAUUAGCAAUAUUGGUCACAUCCGACCACAGCGCACCAUACUGGCCUUCGUUUCUGGGAUAUUCUUUAUACUAUCAGGUCUCAGUCUGGUGGUGGGUUUGGUUUUAUACAUUUCCAGUAUUAAUGAUGAAGUGAUGAAUCGACCCAGAGAGCCAGAGCAGUUUUUUCAUUACCACUACGGCUGGUCCUUUGCCUUCGCUGCCUCCUCCUUCCUACUCAAAGAGGGUGCAGGAGUGAUGUCUGUCUACCUCUUUAUGAAGCGUUAUGCAGAGGAGGAGCUCUACCGCCCCCAUCCAGCACUCUACCGCCCCCGUAUGUCUGACUGCAGCGACUACAGUGGCCAGUUCCUUCAUCCAGACUCCUGGGCUCCACCACAGCGGGGCCGAAGUCCCUCUGAUGUCUCCUCUGACAUCUCCAUCCAGCUCAACCAGACCCCACCGCCUCAGCAAACCCUAAAGGGCGGCAGUAGCUCCCAGGCAACACCUUCUUCUUCCGGGCCUUCAUCAGCUGCCAGCUACCAGCUCCAUCCUGCGUCUUCCUCCUCCACCUCCUCCUCAUAUCCACACCCCCUUCACCCAGGUGCCACUUCUACCCUGACUAGGGUGCCACAUGCUCUUGCCCACUCGCAAUCAUAUCCCCAUUCGAGCGGGCCUCCACCUCAAUCCCUGCCUAUGGUAGCACCUCCCUCUGCCGUGCCUCCUCCUCACUACCACACACACACCCGAAUGAGUGCCUCACCAUGCUAGGCUUAGUGAGCAUGGAGUGGGAUGGGGAGUGGGAUACAACUGGGGUUGAUACACCAGGUGGGGGGUGGGAGGGCAUGCCUAUGUUAUAGCUCCUAAGGCACUCACCAGAUGCACACAAACACUAAUCCUGUUCCCUUAAAGUGUGUGGGAGGAGGGAAACAGCAGAGCAACUGAACAAAGGAGGUUAGAGGAGCAGAAAAGAAAAAGGGGAGAGGAGGAAAAAAGGAGGGAAGGGUGGAAGAAAACCAGGUGGGCGAAAGGAUGAGUCACUGUAAUGCUGAGCCUGAGAUGAAGACAGACGCUUAACAAAACUUUAACAUACUGGGAGGGAACACGCAAUGGGAGGAGUGAGGAAUAUGAUGAUUAGUAGCAACAAGACACUCAUGGGGUUUUCAGAUGAAUACAUUCAUCAUCAUGAACUUGAUACAAAGGCAACAGCUUGAAGCGGCAAACAACUUAGGAAAGAAAAAGAAAUGACAACGCUGUGUAUUGUGGAAACAACAAUUAAUUAACAUAAAAUGUAUAAUUUAAGCAUUUUAUUAUUUGAUUAACCAGAUAAGACUUGAUAUAUUUCACUAUUUACAAAAUUUAAUCUUUUCAUGAACAUGGUGGGAUAGAUUUCUGACCUAUAUACUUCAUAAUAAAUGAUGGUGAAUUUUGUCUAACAUUUUCAUCCCCGAUAUUGAUCUCAGUUAUUUGGGACUCGAUCAUUCAUCAGCCCUGAACUGAGUCUUUCAUAUUCAAAACUCAUUAGUUUUUAAUAUAUAACACAUUUUCUCAACAUUUAUUUUUCACUAUACACUCUGUAAUAACUCAGUCAGAACAGCACCAAUGACCUUACUAAAUUUUUGUAAGAAAUGUAGCUGCCAGAAAGUCACAGACAUUAGACCUACACCAUUUAUUUUAAGAUGAGUUUCUUCUUGGUUAAUUUAGACACCCUUGAUCAGAGCCAUGAUUAUCUGAAAUAGGAUCAAUAUAUCUCUAAAUCUUUUAAUAAGAAUGUUUAAAAAUGUUUAAUAAAACUGUCCUUUGAAAAUAUGAGAAGAGAUAUAAUUUCUUUCUGUUUUGCUGAAUGUUGACAAUACUGCUUUCCCAACAUCAUGAUAACAUAAAAGAAGAGAAAGUAAACAUGAUCUGCAUUGCUUUCACCUUUUGCCUUUGUAUCAUGACCUACAAAUACAACUCAUUAUGUAGGGGUUAACUGUAUAUGCUUAGAGUUUUAUGCCUGAUAGUUUCUUGUAUAGAUUCUUCUUCUAAAUUUUUGCCUGAACAAGAAAAUCUACGAAACUUGUUGGGAGGUAGCAUUAAUGGGCAUUUUUUCUAUUUAAAGAAAAAAAAAAGCUUUGGGAAUGAAUGUGCUGCUUUUUCUGGAAUGAAACUAGAUAUCUAACUCAGAGACUUUUUAUGGAUCUGAUUCUGGAUAGUUUAGGAACCUCUGUAGAAUUGAAGGUUUCAGUGAUUUGCAUGAAAUGUUCAAAUCACUAAUGGUAAAAUCGAGAUAAAGGAUAUUUAACAAUCAUGACCCAACACAAACAGUUAAGCAAACUGUUUUAAAAACAUAUUAUGAUAAAUUGCAUUUGAAUCCAUUUGAGUGACAUUGUACUUCUCAGAUUGGUAGAUUUCAAUGAAACCUCACUCACCUAAGUUUGAUAAGAAACAAAAAGUUUAUAGAAGAAAUGAAUCGAAUUAAUGAAAGUGCACUUUGAGUAACUCAAACCUGUUGUCCCUGUUUUUACUUCUUCUGUAAAGAAGUAAACACAUUAGUUUCCUAAGCUCAAUGCUGAAAAGCAAUUCAAAGUCAGUGAAAACAAAGUUUUGCUGGUUAAAGAAGUGCAAACACGUGCAACUUUACAAUUCAAAUCCCACAUUUUAAUUUGUCUCCGAUCUGAAUUUAUCCUGUUUCACAGUAACUGCAGUGAUUGCUUGUUUUUGUAGCUGCGUAGCAAUCAUGCUUAAAAUAAGCCAUUGUUUUUAGCAUUUUUAGAUUUAUGGGGAAAAACUAUAUGCUUACAAGCUGUGAUACUAUGAUAAAAAAGAAACAUGUAGCCAAUGCUGUGUUAAGAAUAUUUUAUGAUUCUUUGUUAUGUAGCUAUUAGAUAAGAAAUUAUUUAGCUGCUGAUAAGAAUUUUUGAAUAUAUUUUGCAGAUGCAUUUUUAUUUUGAACUGCUAAAAGUUGAGCAUCCAUGCUUAUGAAUACUCACAUGUAAUCAUAGUACACACGCAGGCAUACAUAAACAUGUCCAUUAAGCUGACCGUACAAAUCUCUGCAAAAAUCCAAACAAAGUGUUUCUUUUGAAAACACUACAGCAGAGAAAUGAACCUUUAAAAAAUAUAUUUAUUUUUACCUCUUUUGUUAAAAGCUUUAUCUUUUAUUUCUUCCCAAGCUGUGAUUUGGUGUAAAAAUUUGCUCUGCAUCGUAAGUAUGCAAUCAACCCAGGCUGAAUUAUGUAAGAGUUGGUGGACAUCUUGAGUCAGUUAUAUUAGACUCAAUUGAUAACCUAUUGAAAACAAUAUUUAUUUAAAUGAGCUGCUUUAUAGCAUAACUUUAUUUUUGUCAUGCCUGAAAGUGUACCAUUUGCAGUGUUUUGUUAUCUUUGAACUCAAUAAACUUUUGCCUGGC